CGCUUCUAUUAAAUAACAGCACUGGAUCUAUUUAAAAUUAAUCACACAUCGCCGACGACGAUGAUGAUAAGAUCAGUGCCUUCUCAAUCUUCGACUCUUCACCGUCCGCCAUUAACAACCAUCUGUCGUUCCUCCAGAAACAAUGCGUAUAUACCUAAACUUGAACCCUUUAGCCGAAGCAAGCUUGAUAGACUCGUUAAGGAUCCUCCGUUGAUCCAGAAAUCCGAAAACGAUCUCUCAGAUUAUUGUUCAACAUUGGAAGGAGAUCCAUCCUAUAGCUGCUGGAGAGCCUAUUUUGAGCUUAAAGAUCUGGAAAAAGAAGCGCCAAAGGAAGUGGUGGAGAGGGUGAUACUGGAAUCGGGAGGGGUGAAAUCGUUAAUCGGAUGCUUACACGGAAUCUCGGAAAUUCACAAGGCAAAAAAGCAAUUGGAAGAUGAGCAGGGAUCAGACAUGAAUAAUAAUACAAAUUCAGAUUCAAAUUCGGAGAAUAGAGCAGUAGUUGGUGGUGAAAGAGCAUGUGCGGUCCCUGAUGGAGUACCCAAGACCCGGGAAGAGAUGGAGGAAGAAGAGAAAGGGAAGAUGCCGGACUCUCCUUUCACCAGAUUGCUUCGCUCAAAAGGAAGGCUCCCUGCUUGGUAUUCGGCUGCUCCUGAUCAUGAAACCAGUUAGUUAGUUAGUUACCUCUUGUGCAAUUUACCUUUCUAUGUACAUAUUGUUGCAAUUUUGGUUCCAUGAAUACGUUAGUGCUCUUGUAUAUUCAACAAUUGGGGAUUGACCCAAAUUUAAUUUGGAUCUCUUUUGCUGUUGAGCUUUUGUUUUUCU